AUGGUGUUGCCAGCCCGGCCGGUAGCAGCUGGUGGUCCAACGAGAGACGAUAUUCUGAGGCAGCUGGCGUCGAGUCUGUCGGAGCACGGCAGUACCGCUGAAGACUUUGAUGAAGUGGAAUGGCUGAUGGAGGAGUUGGGGAAGGGAGGCAGGGCAGGGAUGAGCAUGGACGCGAUACUAGCACGAUUAAAUUCUAACCUCAAUGCCUUAGCCCAGGAGACAUCAGCGAUGAUAGAUAGUGAGAGUUCACAGUUGAUGUCGGCAGUACCGGCUGUCAUGCAUGAUUUGCAAUGCAUGAAGGGGGACGUGUCCAAGGGGGAGGGGAGGUUGGCGAAACUAGUGGGGGAGUUGGGAAGUCGGGAUAAGGAGGAGCAGCGCCAGACGCAGCUGUUCAUUGCUAAAGUCGAUAGUGGGAAGGGGAAAUUACAGGCAGCGAGAACUGCACUGGGAGAGGCAUACAAUUGGGAUGCGAGGAUACGGGAAUUGGAUAGUCUGCUGCAUAGGGGAGAGUUUAGGGAGUUUAAGGGGAAGAUGGGGGAGAUCAGGGAAGCCCUUGAUGGUGGCUUGAAGAUGCUGCCGGACUAUGAAGACCGAAGGCAAGAAAUAGAGUCGAUGCAGAUGAGCCUUCAGAGGGAAGUUAGAAGGAAGGUGGGCUCGGCUAUUGACAGAUGCAAUUCUAAGCAGUUGAGAGUUUGUUAUGAUGCGUAUCGAGAUGAUAUGAAUGUUGGGAAGGGUGGCCUGGAGGAGUUCGAGGAGGCGGUGUGUGCUGCUAUGAAUAAUGUGGUUCAAAGGAAGUGGACGGCAUAUUUACAGUCAUCAUCGUCAUCUUCGGCAACUAGCAGUGAUCUGGAGGGUGUAGAUGCAGUGUUGUCGGAUAGUGAGGAGGAGGAUGGGGGAAGGGGAGGGGACGAUGGAGUUGACGGGGUUAUCGGCUUCUUCCAUGCCUUGGCGGAGGCCCUAGUAGAGCGGCUGGAGACGCUGGCGGGUGUGAAGGAUGGUGAUGGUCUGCUGAUGAGGAAGUGCAUCUUAUCGGCUAUGAAGGAGUUAUUCGGCCCGUGGGCACCGCGCUGUAAGGCUCUACCAGGCCGACCCAGGGAGUUCCUAUAUUCCCUAACACGGGGAUUUAAUCACUUGAAGCGGAAGAUGCACUUUGAAGAUGACGAGUGGUCUCGUAUAUGCGCUCAGAAGUUGGUGGAUAGCAAGUUGCUAGAGAGCCUAGUUCCGGGACUGUUUCUCCCUGUUGAGGGAGGUGGCGGUGUGAGGAAUCCACUGAGUAGUGAGGAGGAGAUGGAGGAGGUAGAGGAGGAAAGGAGGAGUAGGUUGAGCUUAGCUGAUGGGCUCAUCUCAUUGGAGACUAGAGUGAUGAAAUACCAGACGGCUAUAGUGAGGUCGGGAAGUGCUGGGCUCGAAGGCUCAUUGAGUGCGGCGGCGCUUGCUCCUCUUUGGUCGAGGGAAGUUCAUCAACUGUCGGUAGAUCAGAGCAUGGGCUCCCUGCGUGUGGGCGCGGAGGAGUUCAAUAAUCAGCUGAGGAGUAUAGCGAGGAAGGCUAGUGAGAAGGCUGAGGAGGGGGAAGUUGAGGACGCCUCGGUGGGGGUCAUUUUGGCAUCCAUUGCUGAUGGUGAUGACGAGCAUGAGGUGGCUACUACUACUGCUGCUGUUGAUGAGGUCUGUCAGCGAGUGAAUAAACUCAUCGUGGAGGGGCUGUGUUCGCCGAUUAGUAAGAGGAUUUUGAAAGGCUAUGGUACACUGGCGGUAUGGUCUGAAAGUAGUAGUAGUCGAGGGCAGCAAGGAGGAGCCAUGCCCUCUGCUAGUGUCACCUCCCUCUCUGAGCAACUAUUCCUAUAUGUACCAUACCUGAGCAAGAAGGCUAAGGAAGGAGAGGAUGAUGUACUCCGAUCUCAGUGGGUGCCGGCAGUGUUCCGGAGGGCGGCUCAGACCAUCAUCACGGAGAUCGAUAGUGGUAUCACUAUCAUCACCGAAUCUGGGCUAAGGCAACUCAAUACUGACCUGAGAUUUGAUGAUGGGCGGAGGGGAAGUAUAUGUAUCGACUGUAGUUACUCUUUGAAGAUUAUAGUGUCGUUGUGGAACGGGUGUCGUCCAGAAGAGGAAAUGCCGGAGGCUGAGGAUAUGAAGAAGUGGAUACAUGCUACCCAGGUACUUCUGGAGACUUCUUCGGUAGGGGCGGUUGCUGAAGCCAGGGAUGACCCAAUCGUACUGAAGCUAUCGAAGGCUCUAGAGGGCGCACACGCCACUCCCCGUAAGGAAACAGGGAAGAGCCCACGUGUUAAAGUGAUGAGGUUCCAAUCGUAUACCCCUCAAGCGGAGGCGUUGAAGGACUUGAAGAAGGAGCCGGUGUCAGCGGAGCCGAUAGAAGAGGAGCUGAAUGCUGAGUUGGACCAAGUCAUGGACUAUGCCCAGAUAGAGGAGAAUCGCGCAUCGAUUUUGCCCCGUCGGCCUAAUUGGGAUUUGAGACGAAUGUAUGCUGAGCGGACAAGUCAUUUGAGCAAGCAGACUGAGAGGUGUCUGCUCCGCUUGAUGCAGGAGGAGAUUCGGAAGGCCGAAGGAACUGAGGCCACCACUGGAGAGGCCAACACCCCUACUGCUGGUGGGGUAGCUAGCGAGUCGGAGGAGAUGGAAGUGACUGAGGAGGAUAAGGAGUUCAGGCACUUGGCGCGAACCUUCCAUGGCAAGCCUGCUGCUAUUUCUGAGGGGGAGCUGGAGGAAGAAGUCCGGCCUCAGACUAGGACGUAG